UGGGGAGCUGCGGCCGAGCUCGCGAGCCCCCGAUAAGCAGUGAGCAGAGCUGCCCGGCAGUAAGCUGUCAAGUUUCAGCUGUGUCUGAGAACCAGCAAAAUGUUGAGAUACAUUCAAAAAUUAAAAAUACCAAACUGAAGCCGAAACCAAGCAGCAGUCUGUUGCGGUAGCAUGUCGCAGCUGAAUGUGCCACCGCCAUUGAAUCCGCACCAGCCAGUUCUCUAUAUUGAAUGCUGUCGCGCCCAUGCAGACUACCGAAGACGCGCCACGGAGUUGCAUGCCUCAUUGGCGGAAGCGUUGCGCGCACUCCAGCCAGAUAUGCAGCUCCAGCUGCGCUUGAACGAGAACAACAUGCCACGCAUCGGCUCAUUCGAGGUGGCCAUCGCACCAACACCUACGGAAGAUGUUCUGGAGCGUCAAGUACUGUGGACGGGCUUGGAGCGUGUCCCCGUGUCGGCCAAGGUGCCGCAUGUGGAUGACAUUAUUGCGCCAGCCUGCAUGGCCUUGAGACUGCGUCACAGCCAGGCGGGCAGCAGUAGCAUCAACCUGGUCCGCACAAGCGAUGGCAACAUCAAAAAAAUACUGCAAAGACGCAACCUUCAGUAGCUUCAGUUUCGGUUUAUUUUUAUCAAUAUUUUUGACUCUUUUUUUUGUACACUUUUCUUGUAAAUUUUAAGUGCCAAAAUGAACAAAUUAAAUGAAUUCAAUAAUU